AGUAUCUCCAAAAAGCGCUUGUCAUCAGAACUGACAUUGGCGACAAAAAAGGGGAAGCAUCAUCUUAUGGAAACCUUGGUACCGUGUUGCUGUCGCUUGGCCAAUACGACAAGGCUAAAGAGUAUAUCCAAAAAGCGCUUGUGAUCAGAGUUGAAAUUGGCGACAAGGAAGGGGAGGCAACUGACUACGGAAACCUAAGUACUCUGUUUCUGUCGCUCGGCCAAUACGAGAAGGCUAAAGAGUAUCUCAAAAAAGUGCUUGUCAUCAGAACUGAAAUUGGCAACAGAAAAGGGGAAGCAUUAUGUUAUGGAAACCUAGGUGUUGUGUUUCUGUCGCUUGGCCAAUACGACAAGGCUAAAGA